UACGAAAGUUCUAUGGUUUGCAAAUGUAUUUGAUAUACAUGUGCCACGUGCUAUGGCAAAGCAUGGGAGCCGAACUUUUCCGAACUUUUCCGAACUUCGUCGACCUAUUCCGAUCUAUUCCGAUCGGUGACGAUCGACGCCAUUUUGUUUUUCUCGAGUCAAAGUUUUGACAGACGCGUCAAUUUGUCGUAGCAGGACAGUAUUUAGAAGAUAAAAGUGUUACAGACGACGCAAAACUCGAGUAAGUGUUUCGUACGUUACGAAGUGGCGUUUCUCGUUGGCACGAGUGGUACUUGUUCCUGAAAACUAGAGGCAAAACCAGACAGCCAGACGUGGGACGUUCGGGAGGACCUGCGCGUUCCAUUACCCUGCGGGAUCAGUCGACAUUCGAAGCGGCACUCACGUUCCGCGGCCGUGCCGCGCGCACCUUUAUAUGGCCUCACUAAAUCGUCCUUUUGAGUCCUGCACGAUCGAACCUUCUGUUAUUCAUUGCCGCGAUAAACGUCGUGAAUGUCGAACAACCUUCGCGUUCCUCUCUGUUGACGAAGGUACGAGACGGUUGCUGUUCGUGCCUUGAUCGCAAACUAUGUACUACUUCAUAACUAAAUUGAUUCAUCGAUCUGUUAUUGAUGAGGGACCGAGGUCAGAGAGGUUAGGUCCGUUUGAUAAAACAGUGAAACGCGUUUCUCUAUUUCAACGGGUUAUUUCUCAACGAAAUAUUUUCAUCAAUAGUUUUUAUUAACGUUACUACGUUGUUUACUAUAAAGAAGGUUCUGUCGAAAGAUUUUUUUUUAUAUUUCGGACUGAUUAGAUAACUGACGAUGAGUGAGAAGUACGUCGGUAUUGUGAAAUCAGUUUCGGAGUGCACGUGCAUUUAACGAGUGACCAGUGAUGCUGGAGUUACAUUGUGCUGCAUUUCUGGAGCUGCAUUCCCCUGCAAUUGGUCUACAACGAUGGUGACGUCAUCUACCCUGUAGCCUGUCUAUGGGUCGUUAGAUCCAACCCCUGAGGAGAAGAACUUUCAACGAAAUUCCAAGGGUAGAGGAUUCCCCCUAUUCAUGUCCACCAGCAUUUUAGGACACAAAAAGGCUCAACCAGGAUCAUCAGAACCAAUGGAUUCCAGAAACUCAGGAACUAAAUUAAUAGCUAAUUAACGUUCGCUUAAUUACUCAUCCUCUGAGUCCUUCGCGCGAUAAAUUGGACAUCGCAAACUGAAGUGUGAUAUCAGACUAAACAAAAUUCUGUGAUUUUUAUGAUUCGAAAUCCAAACUGUGAAGUGUUUCAUAAAAACUGAUGGUCGAAUCGAACUCUGAAGGAGUACUACAGUAAAAGAAAAAAGGAAACAGGUGAUUUUCUGUAGGGAAAGUGGUCGAUCUAAUUCUCUAAAAUAUUCAAACAUUAAAGAAACUAAACAAUGCUCGGUUCCGUUGAAACGUUACAAAUGAAUUCGGCGAAUCGAUAGUGCGGGAUCGUAAAUCCUAUCCCGGGUCAAACCUGUGUGUCUGAUGAAUAAUACAAUUCUUCCGGUCGCGUUGGAUCCUCGCCUCCGUAGUCAGCCAGUGAUCGAAAAGCUUCGGGCCGGAUCGUAGAAUCCUUAUCGACUGACAACUGUAAGGUAUCCCUUUCUCGACGCUGGCGUGUCGACGUCGACGUCGUUGCCCGUUAACGUUGAUCCUGUAAGGAUAUUUAAAGAGGCGACAGUGAUCCGUGACGUUUAUCGUUCGCGCGAUGAGUGAUAAAUCAAGUGCUAAACCGUUCGAGCAUUGACCCCGAUUCGAAUAAGUGAUAUCGCGAUCAGUUAUGAUUCUGGACAGUGAUUUGCAUACGGAACGCAAAUAAGCUAAACGAAGAGAAAGGGUAACAGAGUGACAGUGAUGUGGGUGAAUCCGGAUCGUGAUUUCAACAGUCUACGACGAUCUCUGUGAGUAAUUGAUCAAGGAGAUCGGAGGUGUGUUUACGUUCGUCGAAGCUCUUCUUUUCUUGAAAGAAGAGGGAUAAACGUAGAGAACAGAAGGAAAGGAAGAGUGACAUCAUGAAGGACCGUCGUAGAAGAUGGCUGUACGUGGCGCUACCAUUAAUCACCUUCCUUUCGCAUCAAAUCGAGUGCGCGGCGAAAAGCAGCGGUGUGUCGGUGGAACACCAUCCGUCUUCUUACUGGGAGCAACCCUUUAGCCAGCCUUACUUCGACAACACGACCAAGAGGGAGACCACCACGACCGUUGGCCAAUCCGCUUACCUGCACUGCAGGGUGCGCAAUCUUGGCGAUCGUGCUGUCUCGUGGAUCAGGAAACGAGAUUUACACAUUCUCACCGUAGGCAUCUUAACAUACACGAACGACCAACGCUUUCAGUCGUUGCACACCGACGGUAGUGACGAAUGGACCCUGAAGAUUAGUUCACCACAGGUGCGAGAUAGCGGAACGUACGAGUGUCAAGUCUCAACCGAACCGAAAAUCAGCCAGGCUUAUAACCUGAGCGUAGUAGUGUCAAAGGCGAAGAUUAACGGUAAUUCGGAGCUGUACAUCAAAAGCGGAAGCGACAUCAAUCUGACCUGCAUCGUACUGCAGACACCCGAGCCGCCGUCCUUCAUUUAUUGGUACAAGGGUGAUCACGUGAUAAAUUACAGUCAAAGAGGAGGCAUCAGCGUGGUGACUGAAAAGCAAACGCGAACGUCGCAUCUCUUGAUAUCUAGAGCGUUACCUGCUGAUUCUGGAAAUUACACAUGUGCCCCGUCUACGGCCGAGUCAGCCAGUAUCCUAGUCCACGUACUCAAUGGUGGGAGAGCAUCCAGCGGCGAUGCAACACGGAAACUCGAGCAACAGCGGUGCAGCGACGAGGACGCUCGCGUUGCUCCUGUUGCUUCUGCACGCCGGUUCGUUCGCGAGGUGACUGGUCGAUCACGGUGCCAUGCAAUAAAAACGAAACCGAACGCCGUUUCUCCUUUACGUAAUCGGACAAAGGCAAAGGAGCGUGGUAGGAGGGAUGAAGCGAAGAAGCAAGUCGAAGGAAGGAAACUGCCAGCAUCGACCACCCUGUGCCCCAACAUCGUUCCGAAUCUUGCUUUCAAAGAGAGCAGAGAGACCCAGUGAUCAUCAAAGAGACUCCUAAAAAAGAAUAAGAAAAAAUAAAAUGAAAAGAACACUCGAGACUGAUGAGGUCGCUGCUUUUACUGUUUCAUUGAUAUCCACGAUCAUUUUUAGCCGAUAAAUCGCCUGCGAAUCGAGUAUAAUAAAUCUACACUGUGUCCUAAUAGCAAUCGGUUGUUUCGAGGCGAUCACCAGUGACAAAACUGUUCCUUUUGUUUUCUUUUCAUCGAGGUGCGCCGUUCCCUACAAAGACUGGCGAACGUGAACCUUACCGUUUCUAUGAAGAUAGGGGAGACGAGUCGAUGGAACUCUUGUGAAGAGAACUCGACGACAUGUAAAUGGGUGUUUAGUAUGAUACAAGUUGGACUCGCUGCGAUCCAACCGAGACGCUUAGCGUCCAUGAUAAUAAGGAUCUGUGCAGCUGGUACUCGCGAUCAAACGGGGCGAACCGGAAUCUCUGCCAAGUUGGGCGAACGCCAUGUUUUUGGGUAACCUUUCUUGCUGAUAUUUUACGAAACGAGAGAGAACUAAAUGGCGAUUUAAGGAACACGAGAGACAGUGUCAAGGAGCUCUUUAGGUGAAUGAUACCCAAUAGACAGGACAUUUAUCUUGGCUCUCUUCUGAAUCACCGCUAAGUUUCUUGUUGAAUUUGUAAAGGCGUUUGUUCCGAUGGAGAGAUUUUAGGAUUAUUUAGAAGAAAUUUCGUUCUCUUUAGUAUUUAGAAUUCAUUUGAAAAGAAAAUUAAUUAAAAUUACCUGCUAGGCCAAGUAGAUUUCAUUUUAUAUUUUGACUACCGGAUGGCGGACCAUGGAGAGAGCCCCGAUUUGAUAUUUUCAUUUUCUAAAUUUUAUACUGUUUUAUACUGAAGUUUUAUAUUAAGAAUCAUUAAGUAUGCUUCAGUUGGAGAACUAAUUAAGACAGGGGCCAAUAAUUGACGGUAUGAAUCAUACACCCUAAUAAUUUUUAAAUCGCCAUUCGGAUCACGCGAUCGACAAGUAGCUCGUUGUAGGAAAAUGUUAUUUCUGGUUAACAACGAGUAGCAGAGAAUUUAAAUCUUCGCUCGGGAAGCAUUGUUGCGAUAAAGGCAGUCUUUCAUGAGCGCUACUUGUUCCGUGACAAUUCCACAUGCAGCCGCAAUAAUUUUCGCGAUCAAACGGCAUGCUGCACCACCCCGGUUAAUAGUAUCGUCUGACAGUGACAAACGAGCCACCUACGAAAGGACCAGAGAAAUUAAUAGGUGUUGGUUUGCUGGUUUCUCUUCGUUGCUUCAGCGAGCUUUGUGCCAGAGACAAGGAACUUUUUCCGGGAAUCAAUUUGACGUUUAAGAAAAUCCACCAACGACGAUUUUUGCUCGUUCAACUCGCAAAAAUUCUGCGCGAAAUACGCUCGCGACAUUGGCGAAACGACAGAAUGUUCCAUGAAUAAUGAGGACUAUUCGCAACCCUCUGUUGUACAUUUUUGUGCUUCGAAUCGAUUCGAAUUUUAUUAGAAUCUUAAGGUUUUGAAAUUUUGUUACUUCUGAUAUUUAGAGCCUUUGCAAAUAUUUAUAGGUGCUUGGAUAUUAAAAUUAUCACGAAAGAGAAUAUUCACACAAUUUCAAUGAAGCUUAUUUGUUGAUAAGAUGAAAAAAAUGACAGGUGACCCUUGAAAAAAUUACAGGUAACUUGGGAUAACACGGUACUUGAAUUACACGAAGUCUCGAACAGCGUGGUAAAAAUGACAACCCUUGAAUAAUACGGUGCUUGAGCUGCAUGAAGUUGGAAUACCUCAGUCACUUAAUGAAAGAGUACAGCUUACAAUUACUCUUACGAAGAAGUCUACUUAGGUUGUUGAAUAUAUGGAAGCAUUUCCUGAUUUUUUUAAUUUACUAAAUUCUAUAAAUGUUCAUAAUUUAUCUUGGAUUUUCAAUAAAAUUUAUUUUGAAAGAUUGCUAAAAGACAAAUGUAAUUUGCACUUCUGAAUCACCAAUAAUUAUUUUAUUAUUGUACAAGUUAUUUAUAUGCAGUAGAAAAAGAUUUGUAGUUUUUAACAAAAAUUUGAUACGUUGUUUCAAAAUUGUAUAAAUAUGCGAAAGGGUGAAAACAGAAAAUAUUUUCAACAUGGGAUCAUUCAAACAAUCAGAGCUCCUCUGCGUUUCAUUUUCCCAGCUUGCUGAAGCGUAUAAUUUUCCUGGGGUUGGUUAGAAAAAAGAAGUGUCAGUGAAAAAUAGAAAUGAAUUCCAUUUCACUCGUUCGUUUAAACAUUCCUCGAAUAUCGGAGUUCUAACUGGUGCACAUUAGUUCUUGCUCGAAAUCACUGAAUUCCGAAAUGUUACCCGAAAUCGAGCUCACCGCUGCAGAUCCUUAAUGUCGGAUCGACAUACGAGGCCAUCACAUAUCCGUGUACGUAUAAUAAAAUUGAUAAGUCGUAGAAUUAGGAACGAUAUACAUACUCGAGACACGUGGAAGAAUAGAAAACUCUUUCACGAGCCACGAGCUUGUCGUAGUUUUCAAUCUAAAAUUCCUCGAAUCCAUGAUUGGACAGAAACGAAGCGAUAUUUCGAAUAAGAGGUUCGAAAAUUCUAAUCUCAUUGCGUUUCCAUAAAUAUAGAUCAUUUUGAGAGAUAAUCGAUGAUCUUGAAUACACAAAAUAAUUGACAGAAUGUGAUUGAUAAUAAGGUGACAAUUUUUUAAAAUUAUUUGUAGAAUAUUUGGAAGAUGUAAAUUCUUAAUUUUCUAAUUUUCUAAUUUUCUGAUUUCAAAAUUUUUAAAUUAUAAUUUUAUUUUUCAAAGAAAGCCUUCUAUUUUAAUUACGAAAUUAAUUUUAAAUUAAACACACUUCUUUUCUUUAAAAUCUACAUAAUUUUGCAUACAUUAAAGUAGAAUAUAGAUCAGGUAUCACUCUACAAGAAAGGAGAAUGACUUUGUGUUUUUCAUAAUUUUGUUUGCAAAGUUUACACCGCGUCUAGGAAACUUCGAGGACGCUCAAUCCUUAAAUCUGUCCUCGAGUACCUUGAUAUUCUCGGACAUUUUUUUACUCACCAACAGUGUUUGUAACUUUCCAAAGCCAUCAGCUUGUCGAAUCGCUGAAGGAUAUUUCAGUCGAACGGCCCAUAGAGUGUUAUGCAAUGAAAUAAACUGUCCAUCUGGCAUCGAGGAAACUCUGCUUCAACGUGUAUCGACGUUUCUUGAUGCGUUUAUACUGGAACUUCGAUCUCACAGCCAUCCAAAUGAACAGGUCGAAGAGGUUUAACUGAUCGAUUUCGAAUGAACGAGCCCUUUGUAAACACGAGAUCAAAGCAAACUGUUAAUUACCCGUUAAAUUUCCGCACAAGGACGAUUAAUUACGAAUCCUGUUAAGAAUUUAAUAAGGUUACGUUCCCGUUUGAUGUUACGUUUAUGGAUUGAAGAUAUGGUACACGGAUUUGAUUCAGGUUAAUCGUUAUUAAAAUUAGAAAGAAAUUCUAAUUAUUAUUCUGUUUGUAAUUAAGCUGAAGAGCAGAGAUGUGGGAGAAAAUAAAAAUUUCGAGUACCCGAUACUCGGAUCGGGUUAAGAAUUAUUUUGAAUGCCUUGAGGAAUUUGGAGAACUGUAUUUUGGGAUGAACUUUGUUGAAUAUAACGACAAAUAUAAAAUACAAGUACUAUGAUUGUCAGAAUAAUUUUAUGUAUGUUUAAUAUUAAUUAUUCGUAUAAUUUAUAUAUAACAAGCUCUUCUUUUAUUCAUAUCGAUUUUGAUACUUCAAUUUCUGUCAACGUUUCGUGUAAACGAAAAUGUUGAAUGUAGUUCGUAAUUGGUACAGUGAACACGUAAAGUUACGUGAUCAGUUUGAAUAUUGACGAACGUAAAUAUCCACGAUUGAUUGAAUGCUAUUGCACGAAGGAGCAAUAAAAUCACAGUGAUUUUACAAAUAAAAUAGAUUCAAUUACUAUUUUCUCGGUUCUAGAUAUAUAAAAUACACAAAGCUUGUUAUUUGACAGAGUGGAAUUCAAUUUUGACUUUCAACAUUGUGCCAGUUUUCUUUACCUUAUUUUUAAAUACUAAUUGCAAUGGAGAAAUUAAUGAAUUUUCAGAUAAAAUAAUAAUCUUUGAAAAUUUCUAAUCUCUUGUUAAGAGUAAAAUAGAAAUUAAAAUUUUGAGAGUCAAAAUUCCAUCAAAUUUUCAGUCAAAUCGUCCCAAUUGUUAUUAGAAAAUGAAAUAAAAUGAGCAGACGAAGUUACCAGUAUAAAUGUACGAAUUUCAAUUCACACGUGAAGCAGAAAAGUGUCGAUCAAGCAUUGUUAAGUAACUGUAAAAAAUAUUGCAACUUGAAGUAAGGAUUAUGUCAAGAAACACACGUGAAAAGAACUCUGUUCAUCGUAGACCGAUAGAUUGAUAUUUAAAGAAAUUAAGAAUUAAAAAAGCAAGAAUUUCUCUGGCGAACGACGAGAUUAUUAAAAAAAAAUAAACACACCUGAAGAUCUAUUUAAUUUCGAAAAAUGAUGCACGAUUGUAUCUCUGCGAGACCGAAUCAUCCCAUAAAACAAAGGGACGUUCGAUCGAUGUAUCUGUUAAAUAAUUAUCGUUUAAGCUCUAAAUGAUUCGAACAUCGUAUCCGUACUGAUUAUACUCAUGUAUACGUUUCCAUAGAACAUUGAUAAUAAACCGAUCGUGACAAA